CUCAGCAGGUACCAGGGCAGCAUAGGAAUCAGUGAGGGCAGAGCUGGUGCCCAGAUGGAAACUGUGAAGAAUCAAGCUUUGUACAAAGUUCAGAUCCUAAAAGAUAUUGCAGAAGUGGGUUCCCAGGUAUAUCUGGGGCCAGAAAAUAUAUUUCUUGCCGCUCUGGAAGUUGGAGAUCUGAACAUUAUCCGAAUACUAGGAGCCAGGCAUGCAAACUGCGCUUUGGAGGUCAUGGGAGAAGAACUGGGGUAUGAAGCACAGACCCCGGCAAAGUUUGGCCUUGCAGGUCUGUGGACCCUAGAAUAUACACAAGAGCUCACCACUCCUCUUUGCAUCACCAGUGCCCAUGGCUACAGUGAAUGUGUUCGUUACCUCCUUCACCGCCGUGCAGACCCCAAUGCCGCUCCCGGUGGGAGGGCACCCCUACAUGAAGCUUGCGCUGGGGGACAUGCAGACUGUGUCCAAUUGCUGUUGGACUAUGGAGCCAACCCCAAUCAGCUGAGUGAUGAUGGACUGAGCCCACUACAUUACUGUAACACCCUUGGUUCAUUAAGGUGUGCUGAGUUGCUGUUGAGUCAUGGUGCAAAUGUGAACCAGGGCACAGAAGAAAAACUUGACUCCCCACUUCACUUGGCUUCUCAGCUGGCUCUCAUUCCCCAUGUUCAGCUUUACUUGCGCCAGGGAGCCGCCAUUAAUUCAAAGAACCAUGAUGGAGUCACCCCUCUCAGUGCUGCAUGCGGAGGAAAAGAAGGGAAUGAAAGUACACGCCUGGAGCUGUGCUCUGUCCUCCUAGAGGCUGGAGCUGACCCUGAGAUUCCAGACCAGCAAGAUAUAAGACCCUUGCACCAUGCAUGCAGGAGGGUGGAUAGCCAACUGGUUGAACUUCUCCUUGCUGCUGGGGUAGAUGUGAAUGCUGCAGACUAUAAUGGAGUUCUGCCGCUCAGCUGUGUCCUGCAAAGUGCUGAGUAUCACCAGGAAAAGAACCCCCAGGUCACUGUGCGAGCUCUGCUCAACCGUGGAGCACGCUGUGUCUGCCCAGAGGCCUUUGGCAAGGUGCUGCGCUUUUGUUCUGGGCUCCCAGAGAUCAUUGCUGUGCUGUACAAUACAUACGCCAGCCUGCACAUCUUCAGCAGAUGGAAAACAGAGAUUCCGGAAGAGGUUUUCCAGGCUCAUGAAUCCUUUUAUACCACAUUCUUCAGUCUUUCUGGCUCUGUCCGUUCCCUGCAGCACUUGUGCCGCUAUAGUCUGCGCAGACGUUUUGGCCACCAAUGUCAUUGUCUCAUCCCAUUGUUACCAAUCCCAAGAGCCUUACAAGAUUAUCUGCUCCUGGUGACUGAUGGGAUAUAGUCUAAGGGCCCCCACCUCCCUGAAUCUGCUUCAGGCCUUUUCUAUUAGACACCUGAAUUGCUAUGUUUAACCCAGAGAGCUAUGGUUUGUAUGGAGAGCAUAUAUGGAGCUCUAGCGCAAGUUCCACAGUACAGUUUUUGUGAUUUUUUUACUACUUGUCAUUUAUAAAUGAUCUUUUUAUAAUGCGUUACUUUUUAAAAUGAAUUCCUGUUAAAAUGAAUUGUACCACUCGGUGGAUACUGGAGAAGAAAUCCAGGCAUUGGUACAUGGUAUUUGGGAAGGCACCGUUACAGGUAGACAUGUACCAUCCUCCCCUGUAACAGGACAACAGUCCUGGGCAAACAAUGUUUUAUUAUUUUUAUAACUUGGUGUUUUCAUUAUGUUUGUACUUUGAUGUAUGUGGUUCAUUGAAUUUAAACAUAUAUGGAUGCAAAUACUAAAAACUAUCUUCCCCAUAGAUGAUUACUCUUUCCCUUAAAACAGUGAUAAAUAUGUAGGUUUGAUCCAUCCUUUCCUAUAUGUGCCUAUCUGCCUCUAUAUUAGAGAGUAGAGUAGUGGCAUAGUAUGUCCAGAGAAAUGAAUUGCGUGUAAUGGAGGGUCCUUAGCUGGAGGGCAGAUGAUACCAGGUUUCCUCUUAUUGCACUCUCUCUCUACACUCUUCUCUAGAUAAUCAAGGAUUAGACUUAUGUCUCCUUUUGACUGUUCCAACAAUAAAGCUAUGUUAUCCAGGAUUUAGGAGCCCUGUAGUAUUAUAGGCACAUCUGUGCCAAACAUGAGAACAUAGCAUUACUAAUGCCCCAUCAGACACGCUGUUACAGUGAUCAGACUGAGGGAGCCAUCAGGGACCUGCUGCCUAUGAUUGUGCCUGUGGAUUAUUCUUGUGCUUGUAAAUAAACUUUGCAUUUUAAUUGACUAUAAA